UGCACUGAGAAAGGAAGCCAACGGUGCAAACUUUUACAUUAGAGAUGUUUGGUCAAUAGUGUGAAAUCUGAACUUCUUCACAACAGUUUUUCCACACAGGGGAAUUUUUGUAAAUGACGUAACUGGAGGAUGUGGAACCUACUUUAGCCUGUGUGAAACAAAGGUGAAGCAUUAAACAUCAGAGAGCGCCGAGUGAUUAGACUUCAAACAAGAUAAGGCUGAGGAGAAGGUAAGCAGGAUGACGGACGUAGAGAUCCAAAAAACUCAGGGUGACUCUAUGACUCAGAGUGACCCUAGCCAUGCGAUGACAGCACCAAUGCAUGAUCCCCCUCCAUACAUGCCCCCUCCUUAUCCUACGGGCCCUGCCAUGUACCCCCAACCUGUUCCUGCACAAGCCGGCUUUAUCCAACCUGAUCUGCCCCCCGAAGAGGCAGGCGUCAUCAAAACAGAACCAAAUCUAGCAGAUGAUGAGGAACAUCAGAUGUUUGUGUCAUCCUUUGAAGAAGAUAAGGUUCAGAAAGCGUUUAUCAGAAAGGUGUUCAGUGUGAUAACGAUUCAGCUACUAGUCACGUUCACUGUAGUCUGUGUGUUCACCUUCUCAAAAACAGUCAAGGCAGCAGUUCGGCAUAAUAUCUGGGCGUACCUCAGUUCAUACAUCAUCUUUUUGGUGGUGGCCCUAUGUCUUUCCAUCUCAACCAAAUUCAGUCGCUCACAUCCCUGGAACCUGAUUGGACUGUCAGUGAUCACGCUGAGUCUGUCCUACAUGGUGGGAACUGUAGCCUCAUAUCACAACACAGAUGCUGUGAUCAUCGCUUUAGGAUCAACUCUGGUCAUCUCAUUCACCAUCAUCAUUUUCUCUGCCCAGACUCGUUUGGACUUCACCAUUUGUAAUGGCAUUCUGCUUGUACUGUCCGUCAACUUUCUCAUGUUUGGAUUCUUCACCAUCUUUUUCUACACCAAUGUUCUGCAAGUUUUCUACGGUUUUCUGGGAGCCCUUCUUUACGCUAUGUUCCUGGCAGUGGACUGUCAGUUGGUGAUGGGCAGGAAAAAAUACAGCCUUAGUCCUGAAGAGUAUGUCUUCGCUGCCUUAAUUAUCUACCUGGAUAUCAUUCUAAUAUUCCUCUACAUUCUUAUGAUUUUGAGCGGAGGCUCCAAAAGUUAAAUACAUGCACAUCUUGUGGCACUCCAUGUCUGCACAUGCCUGAUGAUAUUCAACCUUGCGACCUCAAGUAUUCUCACGUCACAAGUCUGCUAUGCUCCCUCUACUGUUCACUGCCCCUGCUGCUUGUAUCUGUUUGUUUCUAUUUUUGCAAGUUGCACUUUUUUUAUAUAGCAGAUAAUCAUGUUGUAAAUUGCACCAUUUCCAUUUGUUGAUCACAAGAACAUUUUGUAAGUCUCCUAAAUGACUUAAAUCUUAAAGACUUAUACACCUAUGGUGAUAAACACCACAAAGAUGUGAAUCAUGAAAUACUUUGACACUUAUAUGCCCCUGUAAUAAUGUGACUGCUCUUUCUUAUUUAUGCUUUAAUGAAAUCAAUAAAUUCUGUUUUAUUAAAAAAAACAGAUGUUUAAUAUGCAUAUUUAAAGAAAAAUAUACUAAAACCUACUACAGGGCUGUUGAAUGCUUGAAUCUGAUUGGUUGACGAACGUUCUAAUUAUUUUCAGGAAAACACAUGGCUAAAGUACAAACCCGAUUCCAAAAAAGUUGGGACACUGUACAAAUUGUGAAUAAAAAAGGAAUGCAAUGA